AUGACGAUUCAUGGAAAUUCCACUUAUUUGGAUGACCAUGGCCCACCUCCGAGAAAGGUCCUCCCGUUCCCGAGCCAGGUGGUCUACAACAGAGUGGGCAAGUGUGGGAGUCGCACUGUGGUCUUGCUCCUGAGAAUCUUGUCCGAGAAACAUGGAUUCAAUUUGGUCACUUCUGACGUUCACAACAAAACCAGGCUUACCAAAAGCGAACAAAUGGAACUGAUUAAAAAUAUAAGUACUGCGGAGCAGCCCUAUCUAUUCACCCGGCAUGUUCAUUUCCUCAACUUCUCAAGGUUUGGAGGAGAUCAGCCUGUCUACAUCAACAUCAUCAGGGACCCUGUCAACCGGUUCCUAUCCAACUAUUUUUUCCGUCGGUUUGGAGACUGGAGAGGAGAACAGAACCACAUGAUCCGCACCCCCAGCAUGAGACAGGAGGAGCGUUACCUGGACAUCAGCGAGUGCAUUCUCGAGAACUAUCCCGAGUGCUCCAACCCCAGGCUGUUUUACAUCAUCCCGUACUUUUGUGGACAGCAUCCCAGAUGCAGGGAGCCUGGUGAGUGGGCCCUUGAACGAGCGAAAGUGAACGUGAAUGAAAACUUCCUGCUCGUGGGAAUUCUGGAAGAGCUGGAAGACGUGCUGCUUUUACUGGAAAGAUUUUUACCUCAUUACUUCAAGGGUGUGCUCAGCAUCUACAAAAACCCAGAGCAUAGGAAACUUGGAAACCUGACUGUGACCGUGAAGAAGACCGUCCCCUCCCCCGAAGCUGUGCAGAUCCUCUACCAGCGCAUGAGAUAUGAGUACGAGUUCUACCACUACGUGCGAGAGCAGUUUCACCUGCUGAAGCGCAAGUUCGGGCUGAAGUCUCCGGCCAGCACGCCCCCCGCGAGGCCCCACUUCUUCAUCCCCACGCCACUGGAAACCGAAGAGCCCAUUGAGGAAGAGGAACAAGAUGACGAGAAGUGGUUGGAAGAUAUUUAUAAGAGGAGUUUGAAUAGCAUGCUACAGAAAAAGCCCACUGUAGGCCAGAACCAAUAUGAAGGAUCUGUUCGGAAAAGCACAGGAAGCAUGUCUGGUGGAUGCAAGGUCGAACAGACAAGCUGGAGUGGGGGAACCAGCUCUGAGGAAGCCCGGUACCACAGACACCUUCCCCAAGCGUGCUGGGCCCGUGUGUCAGAGUAAAGCUGUGCUCCCCAUGGGAACCUACCUACCCUGUUUCCCUGAAAGUAAGACAUUUUCCAAA